AUGCAAACGAAACCUAGCCAACAACAACAACAAUCAUUAUCAUCAAUAUUAUCACUCUCCAAAGGAUGGUGUAUUCAAAAUAGAAACAAAACCAUUCAUGAAUGUGGAAUUGAAAUUCCAGCCUAUGUGAAUACCAUUCUUUUUCAGAGAAAUAUGAUCGGAGAUCCAUAUUUUCGUUUCAAUGAUGUGUUGCAGAGAUGGGUGGCGUAUGAAGAUUGGACUAUUCGAAAUGAGUUUAACACGACUUUAAAUGUUGGAGAUCGAGUCUUUUUGGAAUUUAAAGGAUUGGAUACAAUUUGUGAUAUUUAUCUUAAUGAUCAAUACAUUGGAUCGAAUGUGAACAUGUUUCAUGAACUCACCAUUGAUGUGACCACAUUCAUUCGAUCAACAAACAAUGUGUUGGUGUUGAGCUUUCAGUCACCAGUGAAGUAUGCAAAAAAUCAAGCCACAAAGAGUUUAUAUCCAAUUCCUUCGAGUGAUAAUGAAGAACUUCAACAUGGAGAAUUAUUUCGAAAUUUCAUUAGAAAAACACAAAGUAGCUUUUCAUGGGAUUGGGGACCUUGUUUUGUACCAACAGGAAUUUGGAAACCUGUGCAUUUAGUGACAAUUUCUAAUUCAUGGAAUUUCAAAGACGUGUUGGUAGAAAUUUUCCCAAUCACAGAUUUGGAACAAGAAUUGAGAAAAUCCAUGUCUCCAUCGAGUAGUCUGAAUUUGAAACCUUUAUUGACCAGUACUUUUGUGGUCAAUGCAUCGUUUUUAGUGGAUGUUCUAUCUCCCACCAGCGCACUUUCCAAUGUCAAGUUAAGUGUAUCGAUUGAAAAAGAUCAACAAGUGGCAUGUACCACUUCUCGAAUCGUUUCAAUCAUGAUGCCUGACAUUAAUAAGAUCAUCUUGUCUUUGAGAUGCAACCAAGUUCAAUUGUGGUAUCCUGUUAGCUAUGGUUCUCAACCUCUCUACACGAUCUAUGCUUCUGUCACUACUCAAUCAUCGACAAGUACUCUACAGAAAAGAAUUGGAUUUCGAGAAUUUAAAAUCAUUCAAAAGUCUAUUGGAAAAGAUGAUCCUGUCAAUGAUCCCAGCAAAUCAUUUUAUUUCCAAGUGAAUGGAAUACCAAUUUUUGCAAAAGGAUCCAAUUACAUUCCAUCAGACUCAUUCCUUGAUCGAGUGAAGGAUCAAGAUAUUUACAAUUUAUUAGAUUCAUUUCUAGAAUCAAAUCAAAAUACUUUACGUAUUUGGGGAGGAGGUAAUUUUGAAAGAGAUUCUCUAUACGAUUAUUGUGAUGAGAAGGGAAUUUUGGUAUGGCAAGAAUUCAUGUUUGCGUGCAGUGUCUAUCCACGAGAUGAUGCAUUUCUCUCGAAUGUUCGCACAGAAAUUGAACAACAAGUGUCACGCUUAAUGCAUCAUCCUUCAAUAAUUUUGUGGAGUGGAAGUAAUGAAAAUGAAGCUUCAUUGUGGGGUGAUACUUGGUAUGGACCUGUCAUUUCGUCGUCGAACAAGAUGAGAUAUAUAGUGGAUUAUGGUGUUCUGUAUUUUGACACUGUUCGACAAACUCUUUUAACCAUAGAUCGAUCAAGAAAUUUCUGGCCUUCUUCACCAUCAAAAGGAGUCAUUAGUGAAAAUCCCUAUGUUGGAUAUUGGACAAAUCCUUAUGGUACUUCACUUGGAGAUGUUCAUUACUAUGAUUACAAUACUGUUUGUACCAAUGUUGAUAAUUUUCCAAGAGCAAGAUUCAUGUCAGAAUAUGGUCAUCAAUCCUUCGCCUCUUUGGAAACAUUCAAACCAGUGACACAGCCUCAAGAUUGGUUUUUCAAUUCGACCUUAAUGAAUCAUCGUCAACAUCAUCCACUGGGAACUGAACAAAUUUUGUUUCAAAUUGGAGUUCAUUUCAAAAUCAAUAUUAAUAGUUUGUAUGGAAAUUUCAAGAAUUUUGUGUACCUUUCUCAAUGUUCACAAGCACUCUGCAUGAAAGCUCAAUCCGAAUAUUACAGAGCGAUGAGAGAUGAUCCAAAUGUUCAAACACAUGGAGCACUCUAUUGGCAACUAAAUUCAAUUUGGCAAACAGUGGAUUGGGCUUCGUUAGAGUAUGGUGGAAAGUGGAAAUUGAUGCAUUAUUUUGUGAAGGAAUUUUUUGCAGAAACGAUCAUUCUUUCCUACGAGCAAGGUGGAUGGUUUAAGGUGGUUGUGACAAGUGACAGCUUGAAGCAGCAAUCACUUACCGCCACCAUUAAUCUUGUCACCUAUUCUGAUGGCUAUGUUAAACAAUCGAUCAGAAUUCCUAAUAUUAUUCUCACUCCAUUAUCAGGAACCAUGGUAUACGCCAAAAUGACAGAGCUAGUAAUAUUAGAGAGUUUCUGUUUUCUCGCUCGAAACUGUUUCGUUCAUUUGAAUUUACAGGACUCUGUGACAAAUCGAACCAUUUCUGAAAAUUUUCAUUUUCUGUCGCCACUCGCUCAAGUGGAUUUACCUCAAGCCACUGUGAAAAUUUCAGGAGCUACAUUUGUAAAUAGUAACAUAGUGGAAAUUACUGUACUUUCAGACAACGUGGCGUUCUAUGUUUGGUUUGAUGUAUUGAAAUAUCAAGGCCGAUUUGAUAGAAAUGCAAUCACCAUGUUGAAAGGUAGAGAGGAAAAGAUUAGAUUCAUGUCUAAAAAUCCAAUUCAAAGUUUGAAUGAUUUCAUUUCUGAUAUUUCUAUUAUUCAUAUUGGAAAUACAUUUUAA